GGAUAUAUAUAUAGAUGAGAUAGGAGCCAAAACUAACAAUAUUUUUGAGGGGGCAAGGAUUAAAGAUGGAUGGCAAAGGAAGGACAAAACUUGCCAUACUCACGAUGGCUUUUGUGGUGCUUCUUGCCGUUGCGGUUGCAUUGAUUGUCAUGACACACAGAUACUCUGAUGAGCCAAAAGAUGAAAAAGCGCAACACGAUGAUGAUGUUAAAGCCUCCAUUAAAGCGGUUUGUGAGAAUACUGAUUACCAGAAAACUUGCAUUAAUAGUCUUACAAAAGCACACACCCAAUCAACCGAUCCUUAUGACCAUGUAAAAACUAUCUUUGAGGUCACCAUUCAGCAACUUGAGGCUGCGGUUAAAAAUUCCUCGCUCGUUAAAGAAAUCCAUGCAGACCCAAGAACAAAUGAUGCUCUCGAGAGUUGCACGGAACUUGCAGGCCUUGCUGUUAGCGAUUUGAAGAGAUCUUUUGAGGAUAUCAAUAUUUUCAAUCUUAAUGAUAUUGGCCAAGCUCUCACACAAUUGAAGAUAUGGAUGAGCGGCGCUAUAACCUAUGAACAAACAUGCCUAGAUGGGUUUGAAAAAACAGAAGGAGAUUCGGGUGAGAAAAUGGAAAAGUUGUUAAACGAGUCUAUGGAGUUAACUAGCAACUGCCUUGCCUUGGUCACAGAUUUUUCACAAAUGUUUCAAUCAUUUGGCGCACCACAGGCUGCUGCUAACCGUCGUUUGCUCUCCCUAUUCAAUAAUGACCACAAUAUUCCCGAAUGGGUGGAUUCUAGAGACCGGAGAUUUCUGAAGGAAGCACCCACGAACAUCAAACCAGAUGUCACUAUUGCGCAAGAUGGGAGUGGAAACUUCGUAUCAAUUAAUGAAGCUUUGAAACUAGUUCCUGUCAAAGGGGAGAAGACGUUUGUGAUGUACAUUAAAGAGGGCAUAUACAAUGAGAUAGUCCGUAUUCCGAAAAACUUAACUCAUAUACUGGUAAUCGGAGAUGGCCAAGAUAAAACAAGAAUCACCGGAAGCUUGAACUUUAUAGAUGGCGUUAGCACUUACCACACCGCUACUGUUGCUGUGGCUGGAGAUUUUUUCAUGGCCAGGGACAUUGGGUUUGAGAACACAGCAGGUCCUGAAAAGCACCAAGCUGUGGCAUUGCGGGUUAGUGCAGAUAGAGCAAUUUUCUACCGUUGUUGCAUGGACGGUUACCAAGAUACCCUUUAUGCACACACCUACCGCCAGUUUUAUCGUGAAUGCACCAUCUCUGGCACCAUUGACUUUGUAUUUGGUGAUAGUGCAGCCGUGUUCCAAAACUGCAUCAUGGUUGUCCGAAAACCAAUGGAUAACCAGAAUUGCAUUGUCACGGCUCAAGGUAGAAAGGAAAUUCGACAGCCAACUGGGCUUGUACUGCAAAACUGCAGCAUUAUGGCUGAUCCUGUUUACUUUCCCGUGAGAAUGCAAUUGAAAUCUUAUCUUGGGCGUCCAUGGAAACAGUAUUCAAGAACAAUUAUAAUGGAAUCCUUCAUUGAUGAUUUGAUUCAACCUCAAGGGUGGUUGCCAUGGAAUGAAUCUUUUGCUUUUGAUACACUUUUUUAUAGUGAGUUUAAUAACCAUGGCCCGGGAUCUUCUAAGUUAGAACGUGUAAAAUGGCCCGGUAUCAAGGAGCUAACAGAGAAACGAGUAAGUCGUUUCACACCAGGAAAAUUCAUCAUCGGUGAUUCAUGGAUCCCACAAACCGGUGUGCCUUACACUUCAAGUUUCAUGUUUGAACCGCCAAAAGAUGAUUCUAAAGACCACGACGAUGAGAAAUCUAAAGAUAAAGAGAAAGAAAAGGAGAAA